AUGGUUUUCUAUAAAAUAACACUUUCCAGAUCGAUCAUAGGACUUCCUCAAGCCACGAAAAACAUCGCCGCAAGCUUGGGAUUAGGAAAAACUGGCUCUGUAGUAUACCGGAAAGUGAGCCCGUCAAUAGCGGGUUCGAUCGCCAAGAUCAAAGAAGUUGUCAGUGUGGAGGUGACAGAACAAGCACUCACACCAGAGCAGCAACGUGAGCUAAGGAAGUCGAAUCCAGGUUUCACAGUGGAAAAGAGGGUUUAG